CAGUGCAUCCAUCUUCAUCAAAUAGAAGUGAACGUGGCCUGUUAUAAAAUAAACAAAGUGCCCCGGGGCUGUCAUAUGAUGCUUGUUUAAGUCACGCUUGGGCAGGUGUGUGUUAAGUUAUGCUACUCGAGCAACGCGUGUUGGAUUAAAGGACAGGUCCGUAUCUUAAAGAUACGAUAAUGUCGCACCAGGAGUCCCUCGGUAAAUACAGAUCAGUGUGUGUAUUGGUACUGUGCUGGAUUGGCUCCACACUGUCUGUCGAUUAUCCGUUCCGGAACACCUCGUUACCAUGGGAUACACGAGUUGACGACUUGGUUGGACGUUUGACACUACAGGAGAUAAUGGUACAGAUGAGUAAAGGUGGAUCAGGGCCCAAAGGAGGACCAGCUCCACCAAUAGGUCGGCUGGGUAUAGGCACAUAUAGUUGGAAUACGGAAUGCCUACGAGGAGACGGAAGCUCCGGGAACGCAACAUCCUUCCCACAAGCCCUAGGACUGGCCGCUACUUUCAGCACCUGAUGUCAUACAUGACGUAGCAGAGGCCACAGCAGUUGAGGUCCGCGCCAAAUAUAACGACUACCGGAAACACCACGGAGUACGGGGACCACAAGGGGGCGAGCUGUUUCAGUCCCGUUAUCAACAUCA